UCUUCUUCUUCACCCAGAAAAGAAAACCCUUCAGGAUGACCAACUUAUUGGAAGAGUCCUUCCCCCUAGGAAUCGGAUUCGAACCCACCGAAGCCGACUUGCUGGGUUUGCUGAAGCUCAAAAUCGCGGGCGGAGAUGGCUCUGUUUUCGAUUUCUACGAUUACGACCCCGAGGAUCUCAGUUCAGCAAAUACAAAGGAUAACAUACAUUGCCACGACGACGGGAAGGUGUACGUGUUUGCGCCACCGGAAAGCAAGGUUCGAAGAGGGAUCGACAUGGACACCUCUAACGGGAGUUGGUUACUGAUAUCAAAUAGCGUGAUCAGAAUCGACGGUGGAGAGAGAAUAGCGGUGAAGAGCCUGUAUUGCUUUUAUGCCGAUGAGUUGAACUGCGACGGGGCUCUGCUGCGCAAGGGGAGGAGGAAGACGGCAUGGACGAUGCGAGAAUUUCGUUUGAUUAGUGGCGUCAACAAGACGAGUGGGGAGGACAUUGCGCUCUGCGUGGUGCGUAAAUCUACAAGGUGAAGGAAUGGUGGGAAAUCGAUCAAGGAACAGAUUUUGAAGCCCAUGAGAGCAGCUCAUCAAUAGCUACAGGGGAUGAAUUCAUUAGUGAUUCGUGGAAAACUGAAUCCUUUGGUUAAAGGUCGAAGUUGGUUGUUUCAUGUAAUUUAUGUUAAUAUUUUGGUGGAUUUAUCUUUCUCAACUUUUAAAAUAUAAAUAAAAAUACAUGUAAACUUUUAAUAAAUUUAGAAAUUGGAA